UAAAUAGGACAGAGUGAUGAUAAAAAGUUCAGUCGUCAAGCCUCUCAUAUCAUAAAUUGUACGAGAUUAAAAUGCAGUUUCUCGCCGAAUUGCUCAUUCUAUCAUAUUUUUCAAUUCAUUUCGCACAUGCUCAAAAUAUUUUUCCCGAUCACUUCCGUCUCGGAGUUGCGAGUGCUUCCUAUCAAAUAGAGGGUGGAUGGAAUGCAAGCGAUAAGGGUGAAAACAUAUGGGAUCGUCUAACGCAUGAGCAUCCGGAGGUUAUCAAGGAUAAUUCCACAGGAGACGUUGCUUGCGAUUCUUACCACCUAUGGAAAAAGGAUGUGGAAAUCCUGAAGAAUUUGGGUGUGGAUUACUACAGGUUUUCAAUUUCUUGGACCAGACUGUUGCCAACUGGAAGAGUUGAUAAAAUAAGUUCGGAUGGGCUGAAAUAUUACAACGAUUUGAUUGACAGUUUACUAGAAAACAAGAUAGAGCCGGUUGUGACGCUUUAUCACUGGGAUCUUCCACAAGCUUUACAGUAUUUCGGCGGAUGGACAAACUUAAUCACAAGUGAUUUCUUCGCCCAAUAUGCUAGACUUGUCUUCAGCAGAUUCGGUGAUCGCGUGAAGACCUGGAUAACCAUAAAUGAACCAUACAGUAUUUGUGAGACCACGUAUGGUGAUUUCCAGGGAGCUCCUCUGAUACAUUCUCCCGGUAUUGGAGAUUAUUUAUGCGGAAAAACGAUCCUUGUGGCGCAUUCCAAGGCAUUCCACAUUUAUGAUAAAGAGUUUCGGGAAAAACAAGGAGGUAAAAUUGGUAUAACUAUUGAUACAAUUUGGGCUGAACCAAGAACUAAUAAAUCUGAGGAUGUGGAAGCCGCAGAAAGAGAGAUGCAAAUGUCGUUUGGAUGGUGGGCCCAUCCGAUAUUUUCCACCAACGGAGACUAUCCCGAAAUCAUGAAAUCAAGAAUCGAGGAAAGAAGCAGACAAGAAAAUUUUGUCGAGUCCAGGCUGCCGUCAUUCACGAAAGAGGAAAUACUCAAUUUGAGAGGAAGCGCAGAUUUUCUAGGCCUGAAUCAUUAUAAUACCAAAUUAAUAAGUAACACCGAAUUUCCGAUCGGCGAACCGUCCUUUCAGAAGGAUAAAGGAACGUCGGCCUUCCAGGACCCUAAUUGGAAACCGAAUAAACAUACGGUACCAUGGGGUUUCCGAAAACUUUUGAACUGGAUCAAACGAGAAUACGAUAACCCCUUGGUUUAUAUCACCGAAAAUGGAUUUCCUGAUGAGGGUCAACUUCAGGAUGUUGGGAGAGUAAUUUUUCAUAAAGAAAUGAUGAAAGCGAUGCUACAGGCAAUUGGAGAUGGCUGCAAUAUUCAGUCUUACACAGUAUGGAGCAUUAUGGAUAACAUGGAAUGGAGGGAUGGAUACACGAUCAAAUUCGGAUUGUAUCAAGUUGAUUUCAAUAACCCUAAUAGGACAAGGACACCCAAGGCAUCUGCGAAGUUUUUCAAGACCGUUAUCGAAACAAGAACGAUUCCGGAAAAUAUAACUAUGUUUAUUGAAUAAUACUGCUGAUCAAUGUAUCUAAUUAUAAUAAUAUGAUAUAUAACAUUAUUAAUGCAACAAGAAUACUACCUACUGCA